ACAUGGUGAAACCCCAUCUCUACUGAAAGUACAAAAAUUAGACCAUAAGGGAUUGUCCAGAUCUUUAUUUGUGGAGAUAGGAGACAUACACAUCUCAGCCAGUGUUAACAGUUAAGUAAUUUAAGUGCCAAUUACCGAGCAGAAAAAUAGCUCUAACUACGAAUUGUUGUGAUUGGAAAAAGCUCAAUAGAAGACAUUCAGGGUGUCCUGCCAAAGUCCACACAGGACAAGAUCCUCCAACACGGGGCAUGUCCUGUACACAGAGGAUGCCGCAGCCGCCGGCGUUCUGGUUGCUGAAUCCAUUUGUCCUAAAAGGCUCCACACACAGCUGGGUCCUUGGAAGGGAGAGGGCUGAAAGGGCGAGUGGAAACCACGUUUCCCGGGGACGGCCCGCGGAGGUCCGCGGCAGGAUCCCGGGCUUGGGCCUCCUGGAGAUGACGCGGCCGGCGCCGCUCUCGUCACCCCCACCGCCCAGGCUUCAGGUCCUAAGGAUCUUGCUUGUCCAAACCCAGAAGACAGUGCACGAAGCCAGGGGACAUCCGCCAUGCUUCAAACAACUUGGCCUCAGAGACUGAGCAGGAACCUGUGGUUUCAGGAGUCGGUGGCCUUUGAGGAUGUGGCUGUGUACUUCACCCAGAACCAAUGGGGCAGCCUCGACCCUGCGCAGAGGGCCCUGUACAGCGAGGUGAUGCUGGAGAAUUAUGCAAACGUGGCUUCCCUGGUAGCGUUUCCAUUCCCCAAACCUGCUCUGAUCUCCCACCUGGAGAAAGGGGAAGCGCCGUGGGGACCAGAUCCCUGGGAUGCCGAGAUUCCGAGUGGCAUCAAUCAGGGUGGUGAGUCCUGGAUCAAAAAUGAAGGUCCAGUUAUAAAGCAGGAAGCCUCUGAAGAAACGGAGUUGCACAGAAUGCCAGUAGGAGGACCUCUCAGGAACGUUUCUCAGCACUUUGAUUUUAAAAGUAAGGCAAUGAAGCAGACUUUCAGUCUAAAUCCAAAUCUGAUACUUCGAGGUGGAAUGAAGUUCUAUGAAUGUAAAGAGUGUGGGAAAAUCUUCCGAUACAACUCAAAGCUUAUUCGGCAUCAGAUGAGCCAUACUGGGGAAAAGCCCUUUAAGUGUAAGGAAUGUGGCAAAACUUUCAAGUCCAGCUACCACUGUAUUGUACAUGAGAAAAACCACAUUGGAGAAGGGCCCUAUGAAUGUAAGGAGUGCGGCAAAGGUUUGAGUUCCAGCACAGCCUUGACUCAGCAUCAGAGGAUCCACACUGGAGAGAAACCCUAUGAAUGUAAAGUGUGUGGAAAGGCCUUCCGCAGGAGCGCGGCGUACCUUCAGCAUCAGAGAUUACACACAGGCGAGAAACUCUAUAAAUGUAAGGAAUGCUGGAAAGCUUUUGGUUGCAGGUCACUUUUUAUUGUCCAUCAGAGAAUUCAUACUGGGGAGAAACCUUACCAAUGUAAGCAGUGUGGCAAAGCCUUCACUCAGAAAAAAGCCUCCAUUCAGCAUCAGAGAGUUCACACUGGGGAGAAGCCUUAUGAAUGUAAGGUGUGUGGGAAAGCCUUUAAAUGGUAUGGGAGUUUUGUUCAGCAUCAGAAAUUGCACCCUGCGGAGAAGAAGCCGGUAAGGGUUCUCAGGCCAUCCCUGGUCGGGCCCCAGUGCUCCUCUUCAGCCUUAUCUCCUGCUCUUCUCCAGGGAUCCCAUGCCGCUCCAGCCGUGGCUGUGCCUUCACUGACCUUCCCACAUGCUGUGCUCCUUCCUCCCUCUGGGAAUUUGUUCAUGCUGCUGCCUACAUCUGGAAUACCUUCUUCAUCUGCCCAAAUAGCUUGAACAGCAGUGGCUGCAUCUGCAUCGUGGGGUUACUGGUGGUAGAACACUUUGGUGUUACGGAAGUUUGGAAGGGAGGGUAUCCCUGUAUUCGGCCAUUAUGAUUAGAGAUAAGCAACCUGGGAGAAACAGGAGGGGCGUACAAGACCUGUGGCUACUAACGGAGAAUUGGAAUAAGCUUCCAGCAGUGGACCUUAGAGAUUGAUGGAGACUGUUUAGUGGGCCCGUGGCUCACUGGGGUGUUGACACAGCUGAAGUUAUUAUGCUGCACUUGGCCCAGACCUUGGAAGAUCUCAUACAUCUAUGCAAACGAUAAUGUGAAGUAAACAGUGAAGAAAGAGUGAUAGCAAUCUUGUCUUUAAACAUGAGGCAUUUUUUUCUUUAGUUUUGCUCUUGAUAGCCAGAUGUUUCUUCUAACCUUUAUUUCCUAAGUAAAUAUACACAAAUGCAUUCAUCUUUAUUGCGUCUGUUGUGGUUUUUCUUGAUGAGCAUUUUGGUUUUUUUUUUAUUGGCAAGCACUGGCUUCUAUAUUUCAUAUUUAUGAAUUGUAAAUAUGAAUUUGAUGAACUACUAAAGAAAUAAAAGUAAUGGUAUAAAGCCAACUCAAGGGGAAUCU